AUGUCGAUGAAUUCAACUGGAGGCGAGGUAGACAUGCAAUUUCGUGCUGUCUUCUACUGUUUUUCCUCCUUUGGCAGUGUUGCAAUUCUGACAAAUAUUAUUCUAAUUGCUGUUGUCUGUACAAAUCGCGUGCUACGUCAAAAAAUGAUUCUCUAUAUGUUUCUGGCAUUGGCUGACUUGGUGAAUGGUAUUGCGUAUUUGACUGACGGCAUAAUGCAAUUAAACGACUAUUUUGAUUAUCAUCAAUUAGACGACAUUACUGUAUGGGAUUGUAUGACCACUAAACCCUGGCCUGUUUUAUACUUUAUUGGAGGGCAAGUACCGGUUGUGACCAAUUUAUUACUGGCAUCUGAACUUAUCAUCGCAUCAUGCUAUCCCACUCUAUAUCGAGCACAUUGGCGUUACCGAAACAAGGUUAUUAUGGGAUUUACUUCAUGGAUAAUUGGUGCGUUUUUGAUCGCAUUGGCAUAUGUCUGCGCAAAACUUUAUAAAGAUCAUCUAGCUACACCACUGUGUACCUCAUACGAAGCUGCAGGAAAAAGAUAUGGAAUAUUUCACUUCACUCUUCUAGCUUCAAUCUACGUGAUCAGCACUACUCUGGUUGGACAAGUUUUCCGGAUAACGUGUCGUGCAAAGACCUUGAACUCGGCAGAAAUACGACGUCAACGUUUGUUGCUUAUCAUUAAUGUCACUUCAUUAUUGUUUAUCGCAGUUCCAACAUUUUUCAUCCUGAUAGAAAUUUGGACGAAUUCUGAAUCAUCGGCAUUAAUGGGAGGUCUUGUAUACUGUUUAUACGCGCUUAGUUCAACGCUAAAUUUACCUGUUUUCGUUAUAUUUCGACCAGAUUUUCGUCGGCAUUUAUUAGCGCUGAUCACAUGUAAUAGAUUUAAGAAAGCCGAAAUUACCCAAACGAAUUCAUCAAAGCAAAAAGUUUCACCGGCAACAAACCUAACUAAGAAAUCGGGUGAAUAA